UAGUCUUUCAAGUGUCAGUGGAUGUCGGGGCUGUAGUGAUUAAAAUGUCAGACUAGACUGCCUUCUGCCAUGGAGGCUAUCUGGGUGACCUUGAGGCAGUCUUGCUCAGCUAAUCAACCUCACAGGGUUAUUGUGAAGGUAAAAUGGAAGAAAGGACAACAACGUAAGCCACUCUGGGUCACUACUAGGGAGAAAGGUGAGGUGUACAUGAAGUAAAAAUAAAUUAUAUAGCAGCUGUAUCUGCCAUCUAACAUGUACAACUGCCCAUAAUGCUCACAUUACAGGCACAUUCCUAUUCCUUUCUUGGUUUCCCACUGAGUGUGUUAGGCUGAAAUGUUUUCUUAUUUGGCUGAAUUACUCCUCCAGGGAAAAGGAGGGAAACUAUAUUGACAUAUUCUUCCUUUUUAGGGACCAAUGAGGGUCCCUGUGCAGUGCUGCUUGUACUCCCUGCCAUAUCAUCUUUUCUUUUUCUUCCGUAUUAUUCCAUUUGUUUCCGUCUUCAGAAGAUAUUGCCAACAGAUUAGAUCUAGUUCUGCAAGUGGAGGAUUGCUUGGGGUAUUAUCCCAAAGGAUGCAAUGGACACAGUGAGAGCCAGAAGUGGGAGGAGAAUUUUAUCACUGUGAAGCAUUUUUUUUACAAGGGAAGAGAUUUUUUUUUAAGUAUUCAUAGGUUGCAGAAUUUGUGUGCUUUUUUACAAUAAGCCAGUAAAACGUUGUUAGUAAAACCCUGAAUAUUUAAAAAACACAGUCUGAAGUCAACCAUAGAAAGGAUAAUGUGGUUCCUUUGGUCACUACUACCAUUCCUUGAAUAACUAAUAAUUCUAGAGGUAAUACAUGAUGAGCAGCACCAUAUAGAGAUACAUACAUUUAUCAGAUGUCUGGACUUGCUCUGGAUGCAGUGGUGGGAUUCAAAUAAUUUAACAACCGGUUCCAGUGGUGGAGUUCAAAUAAUUUAACAACAAUAACAACAACAAUAAUUUACAAGCACCAUUUUAACAACCGGUUCUGCAGAAGUGGUGCGAACCUGCUGAAUCCUGCCACUGCCUGGAUGUUUUGUUAUGCUACUCUCAAGGGGACUUGAAGAUGGAUAAAACAGUGCAAAUAGGGGGCAUAUCAGUAUUGGCAGCUUUCAAAUGACUAGAGUGGGCUAUGCUUAUUUCUUUAAAUAUUCAGACACCUCUCUGUAUGCUGGCUAUUCAGAGUUAAUAAACACUAGCAGGGACUGAAAGAAAAACAAAAACAGUUCAAAACAAAAAAAUUCCACAGUUUGUUGUCCACAAUGGAAAGGAGAAUGAGUUUUCUGCAAAUAAUUCAGGAUGAUGUUUAGGUAUCAACUACGAACCAUUCUUGAAAAACCUUCACAUCUAAAUGGGGCACAAAGCACAUUGUUCAAAACUCACAAUUGCUGAAUUGAACAAGAAUUUUCCCUGUGGUAGUAUAAACUUUUGAAAUCAGAACUCCUACGUACCCAAAGUUCUGACUUUCAAAUAUAUUUGGAAUGUCCCUCAGCCAUUCAAAUAUACAAGGGACAAUGCACACAUCUGGGAGUAAUGGUUUCUAGGCAGGGGAUGGAAAUAGAGUGUGGUAUAUGUGAGACUAGUUCUGUCCAAGACCUUUAGGUCAGUGGACUGUUAAAGAAAAAUCAGCUAAUGCAAACAUGUAUGAUGUUCAUCACCUCAAAGACUACAGCAACACGAAAUGUUUAUUUGCUUUUGUGAAUGGACCAUGAUAUCUUAAAGAGCACAUAUAUAGCAAUGAAAGUAAAACAGUGUGUGAUAACAGUACAUUCAAAAUGCUAAGGAGCACCACACUAUAUGUACUAUUAUUACUGUGAAUUAGCUGCAAUAAGUACUGACUUUCUUUUGCAUUAAGGAUUAUGUAGUUUUUCAAAAGUUACAUUUUGUGAGAUUGAGCAAGAAUUCAGCAGCUGUUUUGAUUAUAAUCAGAGAUGAGACCUAGCUACAACAUUUCAUCUUCAACUUUGCACUCUUCUAGUGAAGCGCUUUUGAGUCAGGAUACAAUACUGGAUUCCUGUCACGCCUGAUUCAUAUAUUUUACACGAUAUGCAAUUUAUUAUUCUUUUUACACAGCAGGGAGAAUUGUUAUAGACACAAGUAUCCUGACGACAGAAAGAAGUUCCAGAAUGUCCAGUAACACUGGGAAUACAUCAAGGACAAUUGUGGCACAAAUACAGAAUGGGACUGACAGAGAUGAGUACAUCCCCACAAUCUUGACAUAUGUUUCCAUUCCAGUUGUGAUUUUGGGGCUAAUUGGCAAUGGGGCUGUUUUCCAGAUACUCUGCUGCAGGGUAAAAAGGACAAAUUAUACUGUAUAUGUACUGAACUUGGCCAUUGCUGAUUUUAUUGUACUCUUCUGUAACAUUUCAUUUUCUGCUUUCAGUUUAAUAAUUUGGAAAACCUUUGAUUUUGAAAGGUUCCUCUUUGUUGUACUUGAUAUCCUGUGGUUUUUUGGAUACAACUACAGUUUUUUUCUGUUGACAGCCAUUAGUGUUGAGAGGUGUCUUGGUGUUUUCUACCCCUUCUGGUAUCAUUCUAAUCGUCCAGAGCAUCUCUCAGCCAUACUCUGUACUGUUCUAUGGGUUAUCUCCUGUUUGGUGACUGUAGUAGAAUAUUUCACCUGUUGGUCAGAAUUUGAAAGGUACCAAAACCAAUGUUAUACAAAGUAUAUUGCUGCUAGUAUAUUCCUUGUUACCAUUUUCCUGAUCUUUACUCCAGUCAUGGUCCUUUGUAGUUUGAUCAUGUUUGUUAAAGUACAGAGACGUUCACAGCCAUCAUCAGCACGCUUGUACCUCACCAUUGCUGUCACCAUUGUAAUAUUCCUAAUCUUUGCUUUGCCUGGAAGGUUUGCCUACCUGGUAGGGUACUGGCAUCCAGAAGUGAAAUUGAUAUGGAAUGUUGUUCAGGUUUCUUUUUUCCUCAACAUAGUUAACAGCACUCUCAAUCCUUUUGUUUACUUUUUUGUUGGAAGGCAGAAAAAACCAAGAUUCCAUGAGCCCCUCUCUGUAGUGUUUCAGAGAUCCUGGAAUGAUCACAUGAACACCACGGAGGAAGCCUGAAAAUAUCUGGGAAGUCCUCGUGUUUCACUGAGGGAAGGCUUAUAGAUAAAUGUCUGAUGGAAAGAUACUUUAAAUUGUUCAGCUAUGAGCUUCAGAAUUCCAUUUUUGGGACAAGUUGCUAGUGUUCUUUCAAAAUUUUGUCCACUGGGUUCCAUUUAUCAUGUUUUAAUUUUUUUUGUUUCGUUAAUCUUUUUUUUGUUUAAAAAGAGGAUGGGGGUACCAAACACUUACAUAACUACAAACUCUAGAAGUCUGCACCAAACUCUAUUACUACCAUCCUCACACACACAAUACUCUAGAAACUAGCAAGUCUUGAUCUUUUGGAAAUCAUCUUAAAUAAACAUCAAAACAACAACUGUUGGUACUGAAAAAUCACCACUAAAUUCCCCCCGAGGGGGAU